AUGAGGUCAUGUCUGAGUUUUGACAUUAUUGAGUUGCAUGAUGAUGUGCUGGAAUGGUUUUUACCACUGAGGAACCAGCAUGUACUCUGUUCUUUCUGUGGUCUGUACAAAGCCUGGUGGACCCCAGAUGAAUAUUUGAAUCCAGGGCAACAGUACUGCUGCAACACAGGAUGCCAUACAGCAGCUCUUCUGUCCUUCUGGGCAACUGGAAGAAUCUCUUACGCCCUCAGAAUGCGCGGCCUGCCCGGAGGACUUCAUAUCUACAAGGGUUUAUUUAAUCUUCUGCUUGACAGCUGACAGAUGACCCUCUAUAUAACAUACAAUGCCACGGGAAUAACUCAACUUAUAUGUGCAAGCCUUCCUUCUAUGGCUUGUAAUCCCACACACAUGACUAUUGCCAUACCAGAAUUUCCAGGGACAGGAAAGUCUCUGAGCAUUGAAAAUAGGAAUAUACCAUUGAACAAACUCCAUGAUAACGAGAUCAACAGAGAAGCAACAAAUAGCUUCAGAUUACAUUUCAGCAAAACACUUCUCAAAACCAAGAUAUCUUCUGCUAACAAACUCUGCCCUUCUAGAAAAGUCUACUUGACAGGGGGGUUGUAUGUCCAGGAUGGGUUUAUGGACUUCGAAGUCAACAGUCACUAAACAGAAUCAGCUCUCAACUUGGAUUCCCGUGGAAGCUCAUCCUGCCAGCCCUUGCUGAAGGCUGAGUGCCCAGAGUGAGUACAAUUUCACACACUCUGAACAGAUGUGGUGGGCACUACCAGAAAGUUUGAAAAUGAUGAGGUCCUCUAUGAAAAUGAAAUACAUGCUCUCUGGAAAAAAAAUCCUCCAAGCAAAAUAUCCAGAGACAGGGAAUUCAGAAUGACAGUGAAGUGCUAUUACAAAAGAGACAGCAGAAUGCUAAAGGCCCAUGUCCCAGGCCUGCUUGCUCCACUGGCCCCUGUGAAGCCAGGUCCUCUUGUGUUGAUUCUCCAAUCUUUACCAGCCUACUGACAGGCCUACAGGAGGAAGGAGUGCCCCGUGGUGAGACAUCUCCACCAACCCAGCUACAUGGAAGUCCAGGUUCUCAACAGCGACCCCAGCAUGAAGCUGGUCUUAGAUGACUGCUGGGCAACACCUAAGGAGGACCCAGCCCCUCUCCCCCAGAGGCACAUUGUGCUGGAUGGCUGUGAAUAUAACCUAGACUGCUCCCAAACUGCCUUCCAUCCCACUGCAUCCUCAGCCACCCAUCACGAUCACUACUGGAGGUUUGACAUGAAGACCUUUGCCUUUGAGUCAAAGGCUUGGGGACUUACUGCCCUGGCAAAUGAUCCAACAGUCACCUGGGCUGGGUCCACUCCCCUGCAGCACCUCAAUCUUCAGCUGGCUCGCUCCAGACUUGCCUCUGUACUCUGUGACCUGCUCUGCCUCACCAAGGUCCAAAGAGGUCAAAAUUCCCAUGAGACCCUUGGGACUAACACUCUUUUCCAAAGUGUUGUAAUUAUAAAGUGA